AUGCAUGACAUUUCAUUUAUCUGUGAUUUGGUUCAGGAGGAGGAAAGAGGUGAUGCAGUUCUUCAAAAUGAUUAUAACAAGAACAGGAAACAGGUUGGUACUGAUGCAGAAAAGGAAGAAGUUUCUCUUGUGAACCAGGUUAGUCUUUCUUGGUUUUGAAAUGCGACGUUUUUUCGUGAAUCCUUCGUAACUUCAAGAACGUGUUAACAGUAAUUAUUAUGAAUUGAUUAUCGCCCUCAUAAGUUGGGUUUUAGUGAGAAAUUUACCUCGGCUUCCCUGUCCUUUCCUACAAUGUCCAUGUGGAAAAUAUGUAAUAAUUGCAAGAUCGUUCUUUUUUCAGUGGCGGUUAAAAAUUCAGCGUUUUUAUACUUGUCUAGUAAUUUCAGUUCUAAGUGUAGAAUGAUACUACCAUCAGCCAUUAUGUUUUAUUUUAUGUUGUACCCAUCUACACGUAAGCUUAGCCUUUGGGUUGGCGUGUGCAAACCAAAGUGAGUGUAGCCGUAUCUUUAUUUACACUUUUAAGUGUUAAUUAGGCCCUGAGUAUAGUUUUGUUGUUUUUAAUCUCAAUUUCGCUGAUGUUUUCUUUUUUAUGCGAGGAGCAAAGCCAAAGGGCUGGGGGACUCAAUCAAAUAUUUUUUUCUAUAUAUUCUUAAAUUCUGACUGUUAAAAAAUGUAAGAGCGUAUUAAUGUUUUGGAUAUCUCAUGCCUCCAAUAAUCGUGUCUCCAUGUUUAAGUCUACAAAGAAUUUUCUAUCAUCAGAAACAACUUUAAAUGGCUGAAUAAUCGAAUCAAAAUCAAACAAGCCAUUUUAAGUCUUUCAGAAUCCGAAACAACAGUUAUUUUGUUUCUUUUUUUUCGCACUCUGUUACAGGAACGUGAUGCAAACGAAGACGGUGUUAGUGAACUCACAUUAACAGGACCUGAUCAUGAGUUAGUGGUUGAUACUACUUUAUGUCCAGAGGAGAUCAAGGAGCGAGCUGUAGGGUUCAGAAGGGAAUUAAACGGUAAAGAUGUUAAGGCUGAAGAAUCUGUUGUCAGUAUUGAACUGUGGGAUUUUGCUGGACAACACUUGUAUUAUGCAUCUCAUCCUGUAUUUUUAUCAUCACGUGCGCUGUACAUCUUGGUAUGCAACCUCAGCAAGUCACUGCAUGACACUGCCAAGCCCUGUGUGAGGCAAGGGUCUCGUAAUGUCGAUUUGGAAAACCCAAAUGGAGAAACAAAUCUUGAGAACUUGUUGUCUUGGCUGUCCACAGUGCAUAGCGUCGCGCAGAUGAGAAGAAAAACCUGUGAUGAUGUAGAAGAAGAGGUGCCUCAUUUGCGCCCCCCAGUGAUCAUUGUAGGAACCCAUGCAGACAAACCAUUUGAAGACAUUGAAACAAUGAAAACAGAAAUCCAGAACGCAAUUGCUGGUAAGGACUAUGAAGGACAUGUGGUGCGGCCUAUCUUCAGCAUUGACAACACUGCAAAAUUAACUCAAAGAAAGAUCAAGACAAUGGUUUUCGGUAAAGAUGAAAACAUUGAUGAGAUCCAAGCUUUACAAAUCAAAAUUAUGGAAGUGCUAAGACAGGAGCCUUACAUUGGGGAGAAGAUACCUAUAAGGUAAAAAAUGGUUAUACAAAAACAGAAUCCAUUAAAGUAAAUAUUAGAUAAUUUUAUUAUGAAGGUUUGAGCUGUGAGCGCACUGAAAUUACUGUUUAUGUGUAUGGCGUUUGUUUUCACCAGUCCUUGUAACUAAGAUUUUUCUUUGAUGUGCAAUGUGUUUCAGGUGUCUUAAGUAACUCAGUGACUGCGACGCUAUCUAAAAUCGUGACCGCCAUACGUCUAAAGGCUGGUUCAUUGUAUAGUCCUUUACUUUGGUUAAAAACAGCGAGAACAGAAAAAAUUCGGUGAUUCCCGUAUUAGCCACCUGGCGGUCAUGAGAAAUGAAUAUCUCGUUGUUUGAAACAAGUUCACCAUGAAAAGCAGUUUUGACUGGCCUUAAGGAAUAUUCUGCCCUAAAGGGUUUGAUAACAUUAUUACGAAUUGACCAAAAAGCACUUUGUACAUUUCAAUUGUCGUUUUAAAAAGGUAAAGUAAAGUGGAUCACACACAGAUAUUUCUCCAGUGGAUACAGUUAUCCACCUUUCGCACAUCUGGGCCCUGUACUUUAGUCAGGACAGGUAUACUGUGUCGUGGCAUGGGUACUUGAAAGCUAGCUAUCAAUUUUCUCUUUGGUUUUGUAAACUAGUUGGCUGAACUUUGAGAAAGUCAUCAACGCUUUGCUUUCCAAGCCAGUUUAUUUCCUGAGUAUAACGAAGCUACGGACCCAUGCCAAGGAGAAGUGCUUCAUUAAUGAAGAGAAAGAGUUUACUACUAUGGUGAAUUUCUAUCAUGACCUGAGGAUAAUUAUCAAGCACCGUGGCACAGUCAUCUUGAGUGCCAAGUGGCUGAUAGACUUGUUCGGGCAGCUGAUCACUAUUCCAGAUUUUACGAAAAUGGUAAGAAAUACAAGUUAACGUGUUUUUAAACUUGCCAUGUUUUUAACGGCCCCCAUUUUGGAUGACAUCACGGGUGUCAAACCGUGGCGUAACAAACAAAAAUAAUUAUGUCACGUGCAUUGCACGCUAUCUUUCGUGUGUGUCAUCAGCACAAUCUACCUUUAAAGGGGUGCACUGGAAGUACAUUACAUGACUUGUAGAAUUAUCCUCAAAUGUAGUCUUAAAGGAACGUCGCACAACAAAAAAUAGUGGAAAGAUACAUAUACCUGUGCUGAAACCAGCGACUCUUUAUGUCGACCAAUCAGAACGCACUUUUAUAGUUUCUGGAGUUUGGACCGUAAGAAUUUUCCGGCGAGUAAACCAAAUGGAGGAUUCUGGCAUUUACGUGACGCUUUAAAGAGCAUUCUAAAGAUUUAAAAUCUGAGGUCUGUUUAAAAGGCUAUGAUCUUUUUUCGCCCCCAGAGAGAUUUAUUCACAGUUAUACUUUCUAGGCAGUCUUUCGUAACUUCCAUUUUAUGUGUCCUAACACAAAUCCGCAAAUUACAAGGAGGAAAGUUUUCCUUGAAUGUUAUACUUAAAAUGUUAAGUAGUUUAUUUCUUUUAGAGAACUUGCUAAACUUUAUUAGUAUGACAUUUAGAAAUGUAAAAUAUUCCUGGAAGAAAGCUAUUUUGAAUAGUUUUAUGAUCAUUCAAUCAAUCAAAUCAAUCAAUCAAUCUUUAUUCUUCCUAAGAUAAAAAGACAUAUCUUAAGUUACAUCAGCAGUUAGGAUUCUAAAAAUACAUAAGACAUACUGUAUACAAAUAAUAGAAAGAUCAAAGAUUAUAUCUGAAAAUAAGCCUAUUUACAAAAACAUUCUUAAAUGUAUCAGUCUUUAUAUCCGGGCGAUGAGUACUUUUGUUUCUGAGUUGUUACUUUGUUUCUUUCUUCUUCGGAAUGAUGUUACUAAGCUGGCAAUCGGGAUCCACUGAACGUACCUUGAAAAGCUUCUUAUCUGCCUUUUCUAAAAGUUCUCGAAUGUCCAUUCUCUUAGAUGUGUAUUUCCUUUUAAAGCAUCUAUCCAAAACGUUUUGUAUGACCGUGAGAUCUGAGUCUACAGCGCCAUAAACAGGCAGACCAUAAGUGAAAUUCGGUAAAACUAAGGCGCUAAAUAGGUGGUCUACUUCAACUUGACUAAAACCUUCCAUCUGUAAAAAAUCUUAAUACAAACAGACACUAACAGUAUUUGCCUUAAUCAACUUAGCACGUACGUGUUCGCUAUAUUUACAAUUCUCCUGAAACGUAACACCUAAAAUGAGCAGCGAAUGUUAUUAACUUGCACAAUAUCCUGAAUAAAACCUUUCUUGCGAAAAAUAAUUUCUUUAUAUUCCUCUUGUUAUUCCGUCUUAGGUCCCUAAGUUUGCAAAGCACUGGAAGGAAGUCGAAGAUAGCGGUGUUCUCAGCAUGGAACUGCUUGAUCAUGUGUUUUCCAAAUUUCUUCUGGAGGGCGUUGCCAGGAAAGACAUUCUGGAUUUGAUGGAACAAUUUGGAUUGAUUGCAAAAUUUUCAUCCUCAAAGACAGGUGAAAAGUAUUUUGUUCCAUCUCAACUCAAAGCUUCGCCUGAUUCCCUUUGUUCCAUGGCGCCCUCAAGGCUGGACCCUUGUCCUCUGUUUGUUUACUUUGUCAGCGGUUCUGUUCCCCAUGGUCUGUUCACUCGGCUUGUUUCUCGAUCUGUCCGUUGGUGUUCAGAGGCUGGUCCAACUCAGCCCCCUACCCUGUACCAAAAUGGAGCGUGGUUUGUCAUUGGGAAGCAAACUUUCCAUGAUUUUGUUUUUAUUUGUAAGAAGCAGUUUAUUAAGUUUUUUAUCAAGCAAAGAAACCAACUUCAGCAGAUCUCGGUGGAUGGCACAAGUGAGGUGGCAGUGCAUGUUCGUGAGUUUGUGGAGGCAACUUUGCAAACUUUGUCACGUGAUCUCUAUAAAGGUGGAUUGCAGUAUCAUAUUCGAGUCGCCUGUCCGUAUUGUCAGCGGGAAAAGUGUUCAAGGCAUGAUCAGAUCGCAUGUUCUCAUGAAGAUUGUCUUCACCUCCUUGAGUUAAGACAAGGUGAUCCUCUGAUUUGCAAGAAGAAACCUGCAGAGGAGGUACUCACAGUUACGGGACAGCAAAAGUGGUUCUCACAAAUAGAAAGUAAGGUAGGUAGCAGUAAAAUGCGAUCUCUAGCAGUGCUUUUAGCAAAUUUCACAUAGCAAGUGAAUACACAUACUAAUAAUACCAACCCCUGAAAGAAUAAAUAACUAAAUAAAUAAAUAAGAAAGAAAGCGGAGGGAGGGAGGGGAACCAAGAGAAACGCUACGCAACUGGAACGCCACGCCACGCCAAGAAAGCUUCGAGUACAACGCAAACACAACGUAGGCACGUGGCCUCCGCAUGUGCCAAAGCGACAUACCGCUGGACAGGAAACUGCCCCCAUGCUCACGAACAAUGGUAAACGCUACAAACGCAAACAUAGUCACGCACAACGCUACGGACGACCAAUGCGCUACCAAAGAAUGCCCAAAACACCCAGGACCAUAGCUCCUAGUCGUUAACUACAUUGAAUAUGAUUUAAUAGUAUUUAAAAAACGCUGGUCAUAUCCACGCAAAAUUGAUCGAUUUUAGCUAAAUUUGCCCAAAAAAAAUCCAGUGAAAUCGGCUGUUUUUUACUGGUUGUUUCUUGGCAAAGUUUCCCCCCGAAAUUUCCCGUGAAAUCGGCCGAUUUUUCUCUGAAAAUCCUUCGUAAUUUGACUUUUUUCCGCUAAAAUCCGGCGAAAUCGGCCGAUAUUUCUGCGAAUUUUGACUUUUCUCCCGCGAAAAUCCUGCGAAAUCGGCCGAUUUUUCUGCGAAUUUUGACUUUUCUCCCGCGAAAAUCCUGCGAAAUCGGCCGAUUUUUCCGCGAAUUUGCCCCUGAAAAUCCCGCGAAAUUUUGCUUUUUUUUCCGCGAAAUAUCAGAAGCCCUUAUAGUAUGAUGUGCAACGUAUGCCUUCAUUUAUCCUACCACGAGCUUCUCUGCAGUGUAAUAGAAAGCUUUGUUGCUGUCAACUUAACGAACAUUGGUUCUUAAUAUCAUGUAAGUUGAUAAGGUCAAUUGGCUACCAUGUAUUACUAAUUGUUAUUGGCCUGUAGGCAUUAAGCAGUGGGCAUAUAACUUUUUCUCAAGUCUUUUUUAACGUGCUGUUUGCUUUGCGGUUGAGCAAAAAGUUUAUAGCAUCUAACGUGUUAACAUGUUUUGCAAACUGUCAUUCAAAAAGGUAGAAACCCCCAGAUGUAAAAUUUAUAUUUUAUAAUAUGUAGUUUUGGUUGCUAUGUAGGAAGCGUGUACUCCAUCAUCAUCACCUGAUACUGCACAAGCUCGUCCAGAGCGUCUCGUACUGAAAGUUACACUUCUCGCGAAUGAGUGGGGGUCGUCUAAGGGUGGCUUGUCAACAAUAAACAGAACUCUUGCCAUACAAUUGGCAAAAGACGCAAACGUAGAAGUCACCAUUCUUGUACCUGAAUUUGAGUGUGGCGAAGAGGAUAAGAGAGCUGCCAAAAGACACAACAUUUCCAUCCGAGAAGCAGGGCGCCUUCCUGCCUUCAGUGAUCCUCUUGACUGGUUGAGUUUUCCACCAGAUGACCUUGACAUCCAGGUUGUGAUCGGCCAUGGAGCAAAGCUUGGCAGACAAGCGCAAAUUAUCAGAAAGUCUCAUUGCUGCAAGUGGGUGCAGGUUGUUCACACUGAGCCUGAAGAGCUUGCGAUGCAUAAGAACUAUCCAAGCGCCAUUGCCAAGGGAGAAGGGAAGAACAGAGCUGAAGUUGACCUUUGUCAAAUUGCAGAUCUCGUUUUAGCCGUGGGACCCAAGUUAAAAGAAGCGAUCGCGUGCAAGUUGCGUUCAUCUCAUCGAGACAUCUUUCAAUUAAUACCAGGUUCCUUUGCAGAGUUUUCAGAUAUUGAACAUGCUGCACAAGAUGGUGUAAAUUUCAGAGUAUUGACCUUUGGUCGCGGUGAUUUGGAAGACUUUAGUCUUAAAGGAUACGACAUUGCCGCUCAAUCCAUAGUUGAAUUGAAGGACAGUACUUAUAGCCUUGUUUUCGUUGGUGCUUCCGAUGGAAAGCAGGAUGAAGUCGCAGAAAUCUUACUCCAAACUGGCAUUUCAAAGAACCAGCUGAUUGUGAGAUCAUUUGUGAAAGACAAAAAAAGAUUGAGAGAGUUGUUUUGUGAAGUUGAUCUGGCCAUCAUGCCAUCAAGAACCGAGGGGUUUGGUUUGACAGCAUUAGAGGCCAUGUCAGCUGGUCUUCCCAUUCUAGUUAGUGGAAACUCCGGAUUUGGAAAAGCACUGCGUGGUCUUCCAAUGGGUGAGUCUUUUGUGAUCGACUCUGAUGACCCUAAGGAAUGGGCAAAGGCAAUUGCAGCCAUCCGUCAAAAAUCAAGGACACAGCGGCUUGAGGAAAUCCAAAGACUGAGAAGAAGUUAUGAUGAAAGAUUCUCUCGGGACAGACAGUGCCAGGCCCUUGUUGACAGGAUGUGGAAGAUGGUCUAUGGUAAGAAAUCAAAUUUACCGAUAAUAAUAAUAAUUAGUACUUGAAAAUGUUAAAAUGCAUAUCUUAUCAGGAUUAUCCUUCAUUUGACCUUCAUCUUUCAUCACUGUAUGGCCAUGGCUUCUGCAAUAGCGAGUGCAUAAAUACAUUUUUACUACAUUAUGUUUCGUGGUCCAUGCGCAUCGCUAUUUUCGUUAGCCUUUUUAACCUUAAUGUUAGCAUUCACACUCUCCACACUGUUCUCCAUACAUAUCUUGUGUUACUGAUGAGGAGAAUUUGUUUAAUAAUCAAGAUCUUUUUUACCGGCUUAUCAAUUCUAUUCUUUAAAACUUUUAUGUUUAAUUUUAUAAAAUGUUGGCUACACUUGAAGGAGUUAACUAUAAAAGAAAAUUAAAAUCUAUAACAUUGCGAUACAUCAAAGUCAUCUGAUUUCUAUUCAUAUUCAGCAGCAAUUUUGGGGUUCUCUUGUAUAUAAAAAGAAAAUAACAAAAAAAGCCCAGCCAAACUUUUGGGUUAUAACUUAUAACAAAAAAAAAAUGAAUGGAAGGCUUUUAAGGUUGGAAUCUUCCUUUUUUUAAGUGACAUUUUUUUGUUAUAAUCAACACUUUUUUCUAAUUUACAGGUCUUGAAAAAACCAAAGAAGGUGACUUUCCACCGAACGACUGUGAAAAAGUUGCUGCAACAGGCCCGAUGGCAGGUAAGAGUGAGGUUAUUUUUUUCUGUUGAACAAGGGUGCUUUCGAUUAUUCGGAUGCUUUUAGCUUUUCAAUGUUUAGUGUAGCAUCUCCGAGUAAACUGACGUAUAUGUAAAAUAACUGUUUCCCUCUCCCGCUUACAGUCUCCCUUGCUUGCUGGGUUGGAAUCCCAGUUUAUCUAGUCUUAACAGCGAUGUAACUAUCAUAGACUGAAAUAUCAGUCCCUAAAACUCCUGUCUUCCUUGCUCUUUUGUGCGUUGUUGCUCAGGGCUCCCAUUGAUAACAGACAGCUUUUUGCGUCUGAAGGGGCUACCCUGAACGGUAUAAAUUAAUAAAGGUUCUUCUUCUUCUUCUUCUUCUUCUUGUUUCCCUUGCUCGCUGGGUUGGAAUCCCAGUUUGUCUAGUUUUAACGAUGAUUUAACCAUCAUGGACUCAAAUAUCAGUCCUGAAAACACCUGUCUCCCUUGCUUGGAAUCCAGUUUAUCUAAUUUUAAUAGUAAGUUUUAACUAUCAUAGACUACAAUAUCAGUCCUGGGAGCACCUGUCUCCCAUCUUACUGGGUUGGAAUCCUAGUUUAUCUAGGUUUAAUAAUGAUUUAACUAUCCUAGACCGAAAUAUCAGUCCUGGGAGCUCCUGUCCCCCUUGCUUGCUGGGCUGGAAUCCCAGUUUAUCUGGUUUUAAUAGUAAGUUUUGACCAUCACACACUGAAAUAUCAGUCCCGGGAGCUCUUGUCUCCAGUGCUUGCUGGGUUUGAAUCCCAGUUUUACAGGCCAAGCCAUUUAAAUUCACUGCUAAUUUUAAACUUUACAGGUGUUGAAAAAACCCAAGAUGACCUUCCACAGAAUGGUUUUGAAAAAGAUGCUGCAACAGGACCGAUGGCAGGUGAUGUCAUUGUUUGCUUUGUCAAUUAAACCAAAGCCAAAAUAUAUUUUUGCAGUAGAGUGCAGUUACUUUUUUCUUUUGAAACCACAGUAAUUUUUCUGAAAUUGUCGACUGUUGUAAGCUUCAGACUAGUGCACUGUGCUGCACCUGUUUUAUGGAACUCGCUGCCAUUAACUAAAAGAAGAAGUAGAAGCCAUUUUUAAAAAGAAUCUUAAAACAUUUCUUUUUAGGAAAGCUUAUACUUUACUAGAAUAACUCUGAAGUUUAGUGAUUGAAUAUUUUAAUUUUAAUUUUGUAUAGAAUUUUAGACUUUUUAGUUUUUCGCAUAGCAUGGAAUUUUAUUAUUAUUAUUAUUAUUAUUAUCGUUAUUAUUAGCUUUUUAGGAAUUUUUUUAAUUGUAACUUAAUGUGAAGCGCUUUUGAAUAUUUUAUAGUUCUAGCACCAUACAAAUUCUUUAUCAUUAUCAUCAUCUCCUAUAAAACUGGCGUGAAAUAACCUCUAUCUUAUUUUGUCUUUUUCAUCUUCCGCUUUCAGGUGAACUCAUUUUCCGUACACUUCAACAAAUCCUGCUGGAAGCACGCAUAGAGUCCAGCAAAACUGAGCUGUCCCAGGCUUUAAAGAGGACUGCCUUGGAAAAAGGUUUUGCGAUAUCUGACAAUCAAGGAGAGGGAAACUGCAUGUUUUUUGCACUUUCAGAGCAGCUUGACCUCAUCAAAGGAAUUCAAAUGUCCCAUGAUGAGUUACGCCGAACUGUUGUACAACACCUUCGGGAAAACCCCAGGCUGGUAAGUAUCUUAUUACCUUAUUAGGGUGCACACAUUUGCAGUAUACGCGCAUAGCUGUGGCAUUUGUCCGCUACAUUGUUUUAAUUCCUCUUAAGGUAUCAGCCACCCUUAAAAUUGCCAUUUUUCCAUAUUUGAGGUUUCAACGUUUUCAAAUAGAUAUGCGUGAGAGCUUUCUUUUAAAAAAAAAUCAGAAGCAAAUAUUAUUUCUGUCGAAGGAUAUCGGGGGUAAAAGAUUUUUUCUCGUUAAUUAUCUUAAUUGAUCGUUAACAAGAUCUGUCAUACCCGUGUCAUAUAUCAAUUAACUUGCCUGUGAACUAGUAACGUGAUACCGAGUGCGUGCUUCGACACAACACGUGCGAAUUGUCUUCGCGUUGUUUAUAGCCUUUAGUAUUCUCCGUGGAUAUUUAGCGUUUGUUUCGGUGAAAAUGCCGCCAAAAAAAAGAAAAGGUCGUGCCCGUUUUCGUCAUCGAAACCGAGAACGAAAAAGAAAUCGAGGAGCGAGUUUGACAAAGAAUGGGCCGCAAAAUUGGCAGAGAGCGACAAAGGCUCAUUUUAUCAGCAAGAGAAGUGGCUCGAGGAGUUGGAUAUUCAGAAAAGCGAAAAUGCUGCAGUUGUUGAGAGUGCAAGCCGCUCCAAAAUCCAGCUUGAACAACCAGAUGAAGAAAGCCAAUUAAGCUCAUCGACCCCAUCUGCUGAUGGAACGUGGAAAACAAUAAGCGGUCGAGCUAUCGUAUUGAGCGAAAAGCUGCUUGAGAAACUGGACGAGUCUGUAUCUUGUCGAUUUUGCCAGGGAAGAGUCCAAGUCAUGGAAAAUGUAGCGACUAAGCAUGGACUUGGUUCUACCUGGAGAAUCCAGUGCGAGAAUGAAAGCUGGCCGUCGCACAAGACAAAUUCUGUUUUUAAUUCUUCCGAGAAGAGCAGAGCGUUUGAAAAAACCGGGCCUCAGUUCUUGGCCUUCGAGCAAUCGGUGGUGGGCAUUCGGCGGCUUCAAAGUUUUUUAGUUUCCUUGGCCUGGCGCUCGAGAAAGAAUUAAACCGUGCUUCUCGUGGUGUAAAAGAGUGGAAGUUUUCCAACGGAGAAUUAAACUGUUCACUUGAAGAUGUUGAUAGCAAUAAAAAGUUUGUUCCUGUUACAUAUUACCUGUCAAAGUCCUAUUGUUAGAGAAAAUUGAUCCCUCUCUGAUAUCAAUCAGAAUAAACAUUUAGGUGUUAUAAUCUCAUUCCAGGUAGGAUGCCGCCAAAAAUGUAUUUUCUAUUUUAUCUCCGAACGCAAAUUUUACUGAUCGACUCGUACGUUUUGAACUCCAAGUCGGCAGCCUUUCAAUCAAUUUGGCUAAAAUUUGGCCAGAGUGAUGCCAUAUAUCUCUUCUACAAAACCGUGUCUGCGAAUUUUAAUACUCCUUUUCAUUUUAAAGCUAGAGCUUUUUUUACACAGAGAGUGUUGACUAAUUGCCUUCCCCAACUUCAUUUGCUAAUAAAAGAAAAACAAACGCACUUGUCAAAAAUCUGAGACACGGUUUUUUAGUGGAACGUGUUGAGAAGCGAAUGCGGUGUUAAUUGUUUUCUUCCGUUUAUUUCCGACGGGAGUGGAACAUGAUUUAUAGAGACGUGUACUUUUACACAAAGCGUUCCAAUUUCGAAACACAUUUAAGUAAAUCGUUUUUGUUAGUUCAAAUCCAUAAUCUGGAAUUAUUAAGCUUUUAAAAAAUAUAUGGUUUAUAGGGGUUUUUAUAAAAACAACUAACUCUAAAGCGAUCCGCGCGCGGACUGUCCUGAAGGGUGGCUGAUACCUUAAAGUUAACAACAAUAAGGCCCUGUCCACACGAAUGCGAAAUACGCGUCCACACGAAGCGUAUUUGAAUCUUUUUCGUCCGUCCACCUAAAAACGCUAAAAUGAUCGAAAUACGAUAACAUCCCUUUACAGAUCGUGCGCAAUGUUGUAUUCUAAAUCCUCUGUAUUCGUCCAUCCGCACGUCGUUUCGAAAAUGCCGAUCACGUGUGGACGGAAGGCUAAAAUGGACAAAUAAAUCUCCGAUUUAAAAAAAUAUUUAUCAGGAUACGUGCUGUAGGAGCCUCAAAUUCCUGCGAUUGAAUGUGACGGCUUUACGGGUAUGCUGCAAAUGAAUCCACCCUUUAUGAGCAAAACAUCAGCUCUCUAUGAGCAUCACGCUUGUUUGUACUUUGCUUCGUCGUUCACUGCACGACUGCGACGCAAAACGUCCGUAUCCGACGUUUUGUGUAGGGCACCGAACCCCCCACAGUGAAUUAUUGUUUUCGGGCUGGGAUACAGUCAUUAAGACCUCAAAUCUAAGAAAAUUCGUCGACUUAUGUUAAAUUAAGCAUGGCUAAAUAAGCGCGAUAAAGUUUGAGAGAACGCACUUACUUUUCGAGGCGGAGGCAUAAAUGUAUACGGAGAAAUUUUUUUAUCUGUUUUUGUCGGCUCGAUCGUCAUGCUCAUGUCCUAUUUUAUUUUUUAUGGUAUAUUGCUAAACUUGAAAUGUCGACCAACACCAGUUUUGUAUGAACAGGGUUUGACUACAUACUGGUUUGAAAGUCGCAAUUUCUAAACUCACAUUAUUCCUCGCGAAGCGCCGAGUGAAGUGUGUUUAUAAUCUCGUCGCGCGCGCGCACUGCGUGAACCGCGUGUGGGUUCUAGCGAGCCGCAAACUCGCAGCUCUCAUCUUUACUCAGGGCGGAUAAAGGUUGGGCGGUGAAACGAGCGCUCCGCUCUUCAUUUAAUGUGUGAUGCGGAGUAGGACUGGCACGAGCGCUCCUUCCGCGCUUCCGGUGCGCUUGAAGGCCGGCGAAAUUUUUCUUUUUGCGAACCGGAAAUCCUAUUUUCUUUCUGUAAUUUCAGGGUACAAUGUUAAAUAGAUAAAUUCGUUUCAUAAUAUUAUCAAUAAACAGUUUCAUAUGUUUGUGUCUGUACGUCUAUAAGUUAAACUUGUUUGUGGUAUAAUGCCAAAAUUUGAGUUUAAUUUGAAAGUGUUGAAUACCUCCUCCUUCCACUAAAUAUCACCUAAUCGUCUUUGGCCGUUUCGUUUGCAAAAGCUUAACACUUCUUAACCUCAAUUUUUACAUAUGUUAAAGGGGGAUAAAUUUUGUAUAACAUAACAAAAAAUUAGAUUGAUAUAUAUUGAUAUAGUGGCGUUGUACUUCUUCAAACUUUGCUUCUCGGGUGCAACGCGCCAUGGCGAUUCGCGCAAUGCGUUGCAAAUCCGGCAACCGCAUAUAAACAAAAUUUAUUGAGGUUAGUUGUAAGGUUUUUCCUCCGUUUUUCUCUCUAAAACAAAACAAGGUAAACAGUGAAAACUGAGGGGAAACUAAUUUUGAAGUUUCGAAGAAAAAGAAAGACGUAUGAGAUGUUUUUUUCAAAAUUAAAAAGAAGGAUGAUGGUGAUUGAAAUUAGCAUAAUUUCACCUUGCACGAGCUGCACGCAUUCAGCAAAAUACACGUCAUCUAGUUAUGAAACACGAUCUGCUGUCUUUUAGUUUUGCCAUGGAUGACAUUUUCCUUCGUGUUUUAGACAGUACUUAGCUGUUUUUGUUUUGGAAUAACAUCGACAUUGGCGAGUAGCAAAACGAAAAUAUAAUUCAGUGGUAGAGUCAUGGAAGUAAUAAAAGAAACCCUUUGAAAGAGAUGUUUGUCUACUCCAAUUCAACUAAACCUCCCGCAAAAAAUAGCAAUAUUUGCCUCUCGGAGACAGCGUACCAGCACAAAGGAACGAGGAAGAAGUGCAAGAAAACAAAUCAAGCUGCCAUAAUUCAGCGACAGUGUUUCAUGUACAAACCACAUCGCAAGCCCUGACCGAAGUCGAAAACAAGCGACAUUUCUAAGCAGAGUCGCAGUCCACUGCAUCACACCUUUUUGCUCGUACGCGCUCGUUUCACCGCCCUACCUUUAUCCGCCCUGUCUUUACUUGUAUAUAUCCGACGGUGCCCGCCAUGACGUCAUACAGUAGUUUGACGUCACGGCGCAUUUUUGUCUCUAGGCAACAUUCGACUGAAAGCGAUUUCGAAUUCCAUCAAUGACCAAAGUAUUCAUGAAGAGCUGUCUUUUCAUCGUCUGCAAAACAAUGUUUACUAUCGGUGAAUCUCAAGCAAUUUCUCAUACCAACAGAACAGCAAACACAAGAAGGCCGAAUUGUCAGUCCUCACAGGGGAAGAUUUGACGCCGAAAAAUCCUCUGGAGCGAGGACGCCCACUUCAAAUUCAACGGCGCAAUCAACAAAGAUGGAGACGGCAUCAACAAACAGCGGAGCAGAGGGAACAUCACUCAAUGAAUUUCGAAUGCGGCAAGAUUUCCGUAUAACCCCAUACAUUAAUUAUGCAUACAUUCAUUGUUUAAAGAAACAAAACACGUUUUGCUCGCAGACGAGUUUAUACCGUAUCGGCCUAGACUGUUGGGCUUCCAUUCUUUACAUGUAAAUGCGAUGAAAUGCAUUUACGUUGGGUUUUCACUGUCGAAACUGCAGUCAUUCUUCUGAAAAAUAUCUUUGAAUUCACGUUUAAUAAGGCUCGAAGGUCUUAAAAAUAAAAUUGCGACACAUUCUCCUGUGUGUUCCACGUGGCCUAGUGGUUAAGCUUUGCCCUGGUGCGUCGAAGGACCUGAGUUCGAUUCUGGGCAUAACCUUUCUCUCUUCGCUUCUUUUCUCUUCUUUUCUUCUUUUUCUUUUCGUUUAGUUUUCAUUUUAGGUAUAACAGUUUUGUUAUGUUUCUAUAUACAAAUUUUUAGAUUUACAAAUUUUCCUCUCGGCUUUACUUGCCGUUCCCCCGAAGCCCUUCGCGAAGUUCUGUCAUUUAUUAUUUCUAGUUUUAACAGUAAACAUCCCUUCCCUCCUCUCUCUCUCUCUCUUACACGUGUAACGGACACCUCCCAAAAACCUCCUAAACCUACUCCACCUCCAUAAAAGUCUUCAUCCCUGCCGUUCUUAACUGUCGUUUUUUUGACAUUUUAAGAAGAGUAGUAUAGGUCACACAGGUUAGACCCCUUUUUGUAGUCGAAUCUUAUUACUGUGAUGACAUGACAUCUUUAUCUCAGCAAUAAAAUGCGGUAGAAUCUCAUCAAGAUAACGUCACGAGCUAUUUUUAUGUAGUAUUUAGUAUAUCCAAUUAUUCUUAUAUUGAUAACUUGUUGAUAUCUUGUCCUUAUUUUGUGAGAAUGAUGUCGUAGAUCAUAUGUAUGUGCGUCAUGUUUUUAUUUGGUCAUGAAGACACCUCUGAACCAUGACGCCCUCAUUGUCCAUUGCAGACAACUUAAUCUGUCUUCACACUAUACCGUAUAGUUUUUUCGCGGGCACGAGAAUCAUACCGGAUGGGGUUUCAGUUCACACACAAGAACGGUGAUUUCGGCGCGAUUUCUGUUAAACAGAGAGAAGCUGUGCCGCGCCGAUCUCUUAAGUGGAGAGUCACAUAUCGGAUAGAUGUUCACACUUUACUGGAUGGCUUUUCGUGUCGUCACCAAAGCUUAUCUGGUAUAGUAUGAUCAUAGCUUUAUUGUUCUGGUUCCGGUUCACUGAUUCUUGGUGCGCAAAGGAGAUAAAGACGUCAUCGACGUUAAUUUUUCUCACUUUAAAAAAGACGUCUACCUGGCUCGUCCUAUACUACUAAGGUGAACAAAUCUUUGCUUUAAUACUUUAAUAGGGAUACUCCUAAAACAGUGUACACUAUACUAGUGCUGAUACCAGCGGGGUCAGCCUUAGAGAGAACAGACAGCGCGGCUGUCUAAAUAAAUACCUUCUACCAAAGCACUCCACCUUUUUCUUUAUUAACUACAGUAUUUUCUUUCUUUCUUACAGCCGGAUGGGACAGAACUGUUUCAUUUUGUUGAUGGAUAUCCAUCUUGGGAUGCCUACCUCACAAGCAUGAUGACAGAUGGUACAUGGGGUGAUCACGUGAUUCUACACGGCGCGGCAAACUGUUUUCAAACGUGCAUCCACGUGAUCAGCAGUCUUCCGCAUCGCCAUGACGUAAUGAUCUGCCCAGAGUAUGAUGUUACUGGUAGCAAUCGGCUUGUGCUGGGUCACCUUCAUGAGCUUCACUAUGUUAGCCUUAUUCCACAGAAAGGAAGUAAAGAUGUCUGAUUACGCUGCUAGUCAAGAGUUGCUUACUUGCAAUAUUUUGAAUUGAAGACAUUUGAGUGGAACAACCGGCUGAAUCUUUAGUGUGGCACCUUAUUUGCAAAGAUGAUCGCAAGAAACAAGGAAUCUAUUUUUUCACAUUUACUUUUUAUUUGUCAAUGUUAUUUUUAAGGUAUAAUUAGCCGUUUUAGUGGACUAACCAUUCAUAAGAAAAAAUUUUCUGCCUGAAAAAAUUCAUACAGCCCCCUCAAUUACCAAGAUAAUUACUGUAGUCGUCUUAAUAGAACUUGGUUUUUAGUGAUUCCACCUUGUCUGCAGUCCCCUGUAAAUACUCCACCAUUAGAGCCUGUUGCUUUAAAAAUCCUAGGAAAAUACGUG